AUGGAAACACAUAAGAAUCUUAGCCAAGUGGCAGGUAAAUUUCUUCAUUCUUCCUUAAUGUUGUUGAAUUUUUCUUUCUUUCCCCCCACUUCUCUUUUCUUUUCUAUUUUUCUUUCUUUGUAUUUUUUCUCCUUUCUUCAACCACCUUAUUGGUUUAGUUUCCUUUUCUUCCUCUUUCCCAUUCUCAUAUUCCUAUUCUUUUACACUAUCUUUAUUCUCCAUUUCCUUCUCUUUUCUUUCAUAUUAUAUUCUUAUAUUUUUACUCUUUAUUUUCCCUUUUCUUCUCUUUCCACUUAUCUUGCAUUCCUAUUAUGUUACUCUUACUUUAUUCCCCCUUUUUUUCUCUUUUCCAUUAUUACACAUUCCUAUUCUUUUACUCUUUCUUUAUUUUCUCUUUUUCUUUUUCAAUCCCAUUAUCUCACAUUUCUAUUCAAGAAGAUGGACUAUCAUCCAACCUAUCUAUCUAUCUAUCUAUCUAUCUAUCUAUAA